UAAUAAAUACACACACAUACUGCUUGAACAACCGUGUAUCUUCUUCUACCUUUCUUUUGCUAUCCUUUUUUCCCCUCCUCCAAGUGGGGAUUUUUCUUAAAAUUUCUGGGAAUUCGGAUCUGGAAUGCUAAUCUUGCUUAUCCUAAUCUGGGUUGUGCUGCUUUUCGUUAACAAUCUCAUCUUUUUUGCUCUCCGUGGGGGAUUAUAUUCGAAAAAGAAGCAGAUAUGCCUACGCUUGUUAAUUACAGUCACAGAGGUGAUGAUGACUUCCUUGCUGGGAGCUCAAUGUGUUCAGCAGAUCUGGGCCUUCUGUUAUCUCUCGGUCAUGGGGAUGUUUACUGCCCGGCUAGAAAGAGGGCAAGAAUCAGCGGCCCGUUUGUGGUGGAAGAUCAGACAAAGAAACCAUCCAUCGAAACCCUUCCUGAUGAAUGCCUAUUUGAGAUCUUUAGACGAUUGCCGGGAGGCCGAGAGAGGAGUUCCUCUGCCUGCGUUUCCAAGCGUUGGCUCAUGCUCAUCAGUGGUGUCCGUACAUGUGAUAAAAUCUAUGUGGGGGCUUCACAUGAGGUGCAAAUGUCCCCUGCUAGUGAAGAUAUUGAAGUAGAAUGUGACGGGUACCUGUCCAGGUCUGUUGAAGGGAAGAAAGCCACCGAUGUUAGACUUGCUGCUAUGGCAGUGGGAACUUCAUCCCGAGGGGGACUUGGAAAGCUCUAUGUCCGAGGGAGCAACACUUCUCGUGGAAUCACUAAUAUCGGCUUAUCAGCAAUUGCACGCGGCUGCCCUUCCCUAAGGGUCCUAUCAUUGUGGAAUGUACCUAAUGUCGCAGAUGAGAGUCUUUUAGAGAUUGCCAGGGAAUGCCAUUCAUUGGAGAAGCUUGAUCUAUGCCAGUGUCCUUCCAUUUCUAACAAAGGUCUUGUUGCCAUUGCAGAAAAGUGUCCAAACCUAACCUCAUUGACCAUCGAAUCGUGUUCAAAUAUCGGAAACGAGGGACUGCAAGCGAUUGGAAGGCACUGUACAAAAUUGCAGUCCGUUUCCAUCAAGGACUGCCCUCUGGUUGGCGAUCAGGGUGUGGCAAGUCUUCUUUCCUCACCGUACGCUUCUUCUGUCUUAACAAAAGUGAAGCUCCAUGCUUUGAACAUCACUGAUUUCUCACUUGCUGUCAUUGGACACUACGGCAAAGCCAUCACUUGCCUUACCCUCAACUUGCUUCAUAAUGUGAGCCAGAAGGGGUUUUGGGUCAUGGGUAAUGCCCGAGGCUUGACGGCAUUGUCUUCUUUGGCAAUCUCAUCGUGUAGGGGGUUGACAGAUGUGAGCCUUGAAGCGUUGGGUACGGGCUGCCAGAAUGUAAAACAGAUGUGUCUCCGCAAGUGCUGCUUUGUGUCCGACCAUGGGCUUGUUGCAUUCACUAAAGCAGCUGAAUCCUUAGAGAGUUUGCAGUUAGAGGAGUGCAACAGGAUCACCCAGACCGGCAUUCUAUAUGCCGUUUCAAACUGCCGGAAGUUAAAGUCGCUUUGCGUGGUGAAGUGUAUGGCCAUGAAGGACAUAAUAGCUCCAGAAACUGUCAUCCUGGCACCGUGCGAAACUCUAAAAUCUUUGUGUAUACGGAACUGCCCGGGUUUCGGAAGCACUAGUCUAGCUAGGGUGGGCAAGCUCUGCCCUCAACUUCAUCACUUAGAUCUGAGCGGCCUCUACGGGAUAACGGAUACUGCCCUUCUCCCUCUUCUAGAGAGCUGUGAGGCUGGGCUUGUCAAGGUGAAUCUGACCGAGUGCCUGAAUUUGACGGAUGAAGUGGUGGUAGCUCUGGCUAGGCUGCACGGACAGACACUUGAGGUGUUGAACCUUGAUGGGUGCAGGAAGGUUACCGAUGCCAGCAUGGAAGCGGUUGCCGAUAACUGCAUUUUUCUUAACGAUCUUGACGUUUCAAAAUGUUCAAUAACUGAUUCGGGUGUUGCUGCGUUGUCUCAUCAUGGUGUGCAAAUGAAUCUGCAGGUUCUUUCCUUGUCGGGUUGCACAUUGGUGUCAAGGAAGAGUGUUCCUUCACUUAGGAAGCUAGGGAAGAGUCUGCUUGGUUUGAAUCUUCAACACUGCAAAUCCAUGAGCAGCAGUGCGAUCGAAUUGCUCGUGGAGAGCUUAUGGAGGUGUGAUAUCCUUUCGUAAUCAACACAUAUAUAUGGAUGUGGAUGACGCGAAGGGCACAUACAGAUGCAACAUGGAAGCAUCAUACAUCUUGUUGGAUCGGGUCCUAGAUGUGCACACAUGCAUGUGGUUUUUCUCCCGUAUCCUCUAUGGGUUCAUCAUGUAGUUUCAGCGACUUGGUUGUUUUCCACCGGGCCACGGUGGACACCUUUUUCACCUCAUAUAUAUUGUAUGUUUUUGCAGGCGACAAUGUUGCCUGCUUGCUGAAACUCUUUUUCUCUCCUGAGAGAACACAGCUCUACCAGUCCUGAAACUAAAAUUUUCACAGGCAACGUGCCAUCUAUAGAUCCCAAGGAGCCCGGAUCAACAGGUUACCUCUGACGAUGCUUCGCUUUCACCACUCUACGCCUGGAAGUCACUUCAAAAUUUAUGCUUGUCAUGCGCCUUUGUGUUGUGUAAAAAUAAAAAGGUCCUUCCUUUUAUGUUGUGUGAGCAUGUUUGUGAUGUUAAGAGUGUGGUUCAUUUUGUUAUGAAUAAUAAUGUAUGGAGGAUAUUGUUGCAUGCUGCUAGUUGGAGGCCACGGAAACUGAUGCUAAGACUACUCCUCUGGCUGGAGUCUUGGUUUUUAAGGAUAAUCACAUCCUGUUUCAUCAGGUUCCUGCUCCUCUACAGUACUGCGCAACAAUUCCUCUUUGUGUGUGAAUUUGUCAACAAAUGUAUUUGCAGUUCUUCCUUUGUGUAUGAAACAUUAGCGUUGAGUUGAUUGCUACCUGCACUUUCCCUCCUUCAUGAUACAUACAUUCGUGUUGAUUUAUUUAUUUUUCUCCACUAUUUAUUUACAUUGUGAAGAGUUUCAGUUUCAC